AAUCGCACGCCAUGUGUGCUGCAAUUCUGAUGGACGUCCUCCGUUUAAAAGAGUAGAAUAUGAUUUCUACACAAAGGCCAAGUUAAUUUGUGUAAUCAGCAGAGUUGCCUUUUAUGUACAAGAGGCGAUGAAAUAAUUCUUUAUAAAAUGCAAAGCAUGCGAGGUGAACACUGCAGCAAGGAGCAAACGCAAUAGUCAAUGACGGAAGCCGGUCAACAUAAGGCCGCCAAGUUCCUUAAUUCAGCCCUUCCUUUAGGAAGUUAUUUGCUGAGGUCUGACGCAAGCAAACAUUUACGAUAGCUCAUUAAGACAUCGACUUUCCACCGCCGGCUUCUUGAAAAUCCGUCCGACCAGGAAAUGUACUAAGUAUCGUGACUGUAACAAGUGCAGCAGUUACACCGCCUUCUGCUCAGGGCUGAUUUCCGACUAAGUGAUCAUGUCUACAGACAGCACUCCAUGGAGUUCCAAGACUCAGAGCCCAGCUUCAAAAUUGAUUGAUAAGUCCAAAGAGUCACCUUUUGUUCCAAUAGGUAUGACUGGAUUUGCAGCAAUAGUUGGAUUGGGCCUUUAUAAACUACGAACCAGAGGGAAUACCAAAAUGUCUGUGCACCUUAUACACACCCGUGUGGCUGCACAGGCAUGUGUGGUGGGAGCUGUGACCUUUGAUGCUGCCAGACCUACUGAGCCUUUCCAGCAACUUGUUUUUGUCCCUGAGUAAGGCAGUUGUUCCCCUUUAGUUGAAACAUCAUUGACAAGGGGGCAUAAUUUUGAAGCGGAAGGCAGAAGGCUUGGUGGGGAUUUGAGGAAAACCUUUUUUUAAUCACCUGUUAGUGAGGGUCUAGAAUGCCUGGGAGGGUAGUUGAAACAGGUAAACUCAACUUUUAAAUAAAAAUUCUGUUGACCACUUGAAGUGUCUUAAAAUUCAAGGAUAUGUGUUUGGUACAAAAAAGGAGCAUUGUUUUGGCAGUACUGAAGGACCGUUUCUGCACUGUAUGAUUCUACAGUCAGAGUUAAAUGAUUCCAGUGUUACACUGAUCAUACAGUACUUUAAGUCUGCCAGCAUUGCUUGUGGACCUCUUUCUUUCAUCAAAGGCUAGGUGCAUCAGCAAAUUUCUGUCUACGUCAGCAAAAGUAAUUAGUUGAAAGUAGUGUUUUGAUUAUAUUUUAUAGAUUACACAAUGAACAAAAUACUUUAAGGGAUGAAUUAGCAGAACCUUGGCUUGGCACAACAGCUCUAGCAAUCUAGAAAUAAAUCCAUCUGCACAAUUUCAUAUUUUUGUGCAUCUGUUACAAAUCCUACCCUUGCAACCUACAUAAAUUAAUGGGGAAGACAUUGGCUUCUAAGAAAGCUCAUCAUUGAAUUUUGUUUUGGAUUAUAUAGUCGGAACUAGGUGUUAAUAAUUGGAGCCAGUAAGAAUUUCUUUCACCGUAACCAUAACAAUUGCUUUUCUGAAAUACCAGAAAAACACUGGAGAAACUCCACAGGUCUAGCAGUGUCUGUGAUGUAGAUACAAAUACAGAGAGAAACAGUUAAUGUUUUGAGUUCAAUAUGACUCACUAGUUGAUUCAGCUAAACUGUGCCAACAGAACAUAUGGGACACUUGCCUUCAUCAGUUGUGGCAUUCCACAAUUACAGCACAAUUUUUAUGUCCUUAGCACAUUUGUCCAUCUUCCAAACUUGCCCAUAAAUAAAAUCUGUCCAAUUAGUUAAGUUCGGCAUCAAUUUCAACAACCGAGUUCAUGUCUUGUUCUCAAUUGUCUUUGCAGGAGUCCUGUAUUCCAUGUACAAAGAGUAUGUGGUGAAGCCAAAAGAAGCAGAUCUCGACAAAUAAAUGCCCUCACUGUGUUAUGCUGAAUGUAUUUAUGGAUUAUUGUUAAUGUUCCACUUGGUAUUGAGUUGAUCUCGCUGAAAUAAUUACACUCUCACAAAUGGUUUGACAUGAAAUGCAUUUUUCCAAAGGUUGGCAAUUUCAUAUUUUGCACAUUGGCUUUUCUUUGCACUGAGAAUUUCCUGUUCAUUAAUAAACACAAAGACAACGUACAAAGGA